AUGGCUGAAGAGGUGGAAAAACUUUUUGAUGGCAUGAAGAAAAUAAUUAAAAUUCAACCAAAAGACCGGACUUCAGGAAAGCCAAAAGAAAGAGUAGAUGAGUUCAAAAGCCGGCUACAAACAACUAUGAAGUUCUGGCCAUGGAAUGCUAUGGACAACCUAUGCAACGAAGAGGAUAAAAAGUUCCUACAGUCUAUGAUGACAGACAGGCUGGCUACGAUGUCUGGUAUUGAUGUAAAAUUAAGUGAAACUGAAAGAAAAGUUAAGGAAAGGAAAGAACAGGAAUUAAAGAGGAUUGCAAUUCAAAAAGAAAGUAAGAUGGAUACUUCAUGUUCAAAUGCCACAUUGAGCGAUAGUGACGAUGAAGAAGAGGCAAAAGAAGUACCUGAUCCUCUAUAUUCUUGUGCUAAAAGAUCCCACAAGAGAUGUGUCAAAACUGGUGUGACAGUUUUUAUUCCUCCAAACAUACUAAAAUCACCUAAGGUUGUUCAAUCUCUUGUUAGAAACAACAUUUCAUCUUCUGCAAUAUCUUCUGUUAUGCACGACAUUGUCACAGCAGUUGAAGGAGAUCCAUCUAAACUUAGCCUUAGCUAUGCAACAACACAAAGAUAUAGAGUUGAAAUUGUCAAGACAAUUGCAGAUAAAAUUAAAGAAAAUUGGACUCCACCAUCCAUUGCAAACCUCCACUGGGAUGGCAAAUUGAUGGCUACCUUGGAUGGUGCUAGUCAACAAGAAAGAUUACCAGUUCUUUUAUCAGGCGUUGGUGGGACAAAGCUGCUAGGAGUACCCACAAUUCCUCACAAGUCUACAGAAAAGACUGGGGAUUUGAUUUCAGAAGUUAGCAUCGAAUUAAUAGAGGAAUGGAAUUGUGCUGAGUGUGUGGCAGGUAUGGUUUUCGACACUACCAGCUCAAAUACAGGGUGCAAAACUGCUGCAUGUGUGGCACUACAAAAUAGACUCAAUCGUCCCCUCUUAUGGUAUGCAUGUCGUCAUCAUGUUGGUGAAAUCCUUCUGACCCAUGUGUGGGAUGCCCUGAAAAUUGAAGUGUCAAAAAGUCCAGAAAUUCUCCUAUUUAAAAGAUUUAAAGAGAAUUUUGCAUCCAUUACACACCAAAAUAAAGACCUUCACUUUCCAGAACUCCCUGUUGAUUUAUUGGAAAGAAAAAGUGAAGUUAUAGAACUGUGCAAGAACUACCUGAAGCAGCUGUUUAGCAGGGGAGACUACAAGGAACUUGUUUCUUUAGCCCUUCUUUACCUGAGUGAAGGAAAUGAGGUAGAAGCAUUAGAAGGCUUUUCAUUCAGCAGACCUGGUGCAUUACACAAAGCUCGUUGGAUGGCAAAACUUCUCUAUGCCAUUAAAACGGAUCUAUUGGGUACCAAAAUUUUGGGUGAACUUCCAAAAGGUGCUAUAUUUGCAAGCUGUCAGCUCCAGAAGAUACGUCGUUUUGUUCAGUUUGUAGUUUUCUGUUAUAUCCCCUGGUGGCUCACAGCACCUGUACCCUUGACUGCGCCAAAAAAUGAUCAACUACUCAUCAAUUCUCUCAUCAACUAUAAGGAAAUAGAUGAUGUGAUUGCUGUGGCAGCUAUCAAGUGUUUUGGUAACCAUAUGUGGUAUCUUACAGAGGAACUUGUGCCAUUGGCUCUUUUCAGCAACACAAUAAAUGUUGACAUCAAAGAGAAGAUGGUGACCAAGAUGUUGAAGAUUGGAGAAGGUGGUCUAUGUACAAAGAGGCACGGUACAGGGUUUGGAAAGCCAACAUUUCCUAUCAUGCCAACAAAGGUAACAGAAGACCUAUCUAGAUAUGUGGGGAUAGAUUCUUGGUCUUUUUUCAAAAUAAUGAAGAUAAAAACAGAUUUCCUUUGCAAAUCUCUAACUGAUUGGGAGAGUGAUGAUGGGUACAAAAAAGCUAAGCUCAUUGUAAAUAGCAUCAGUGUGGUAAACGAUGCUGCAGAGAGAGGUGUCAAGCUUGGUUACGAUUUUCUGGGAACAGCUGUUAAGGAAGAACGCUACCAGCGAGUAUUGCAG